UCUGCCAUGAUCACCACCUCCCCCUAUUUAUGCCCCCAACAAAAUUAGUAAGACUCAUAGAUCAACACCAUAUCUUGCCACCAUUUUUCUUUAAACAUUUUGGUGAAAUGUCUACCACUGUCAAGAACACUAGUGGACCUUCUAUAGUAAUGGAUACAAGUGAUGAACAAUGUAAUAUAUUUCCUCAAGAUUUCCCAACUGAUAUAUUGCUUCAAGUAGGUGAAUCAAGUUUCCCUCUUCACAAGAUUAUGUUGUUAGCAAAGAGUAAUUACUUGAGAAGAUUAAUUCUAGAGUCAGAGGAACCUGAUUUGAAAGUGAUUGAUCUAUCAAAUUUCCCUGGAGGAGCCAAGAUUUUUGAUAAAGUAGUAAAGUUUUGUUACGGCGUAAGCUUUGAAAUGACCCAAAAUAACAUAGCAGCUCUGCACUGUGCUGCAGAGUACCUUGAAAUGACUGAUGAGUAUUGUGACGGCAACCUUGCUAGCCGGACGUAUGCCUUCCUCAAUCCCGCAGCCUUAUCUAGUCUUUUAGGAGCUAUAACUGUUUUGAACUCAUGUGAAGAUCUUCUUCCUAUUGCCGACGAGCUCAAUAUUGUGCACCAAUGUGUUGAAGCUAUUAGUGCUAAGGCUAGCAACGAAGCAAAAUUUCCUAGUUGUUCACCACCGAACUGGUGGGCAGAAGAACUAUCAAACAUCCACAUAACCUUUUUCCCAAAAAUCAUUGAUUCCAUGAGAUCACAGGGAGUAAAGGAACCUACAAUCGCUGAGGCAAUCACAAUUUACGCCAAGAGAUCAUUGCCAGGCCUAGUCACUAGCAUAAUAGCUCCCAUAACUAAUGACCCCAUUUCCAGAAAUAAAAAACGAGAAAUUCUUGCUUCAGUCGUCGCUUUAAUGCCUACAGGAACUCAAAAAACAUUUUUUUCAAUCAACUUCCUAUGUUGCUUUCUCCGCACUGCAAUCUUCGUUGAAAGUGAUGAAGAGUGCAAGAAGCAGCUCGAGAACCAAAUAUCAGGCGUCUUAGAGCAUGUGACGGUUGAUGAUUUGCUCACCCUGUCAUACACGUUUGAUGGAGAGAAAUUAGGUGAUAUGGAAAGUGUAAGGAGGAUUGUGACCAGAUUUAUGGAGAUAGAGAAGGAGAAGACUGUCGCUGUAUUCACCUCUGGUGAAUUUCAAGUUCCCUCGCGAGCAAUGCUAAAAGUUGUGAAGACAGUUGAUGCAUUUCUUUGUGAAAUUGCAAACACUGCUGAAUUGACGAUUUCAAAGUUCAAUGAAAUUGCUAAUUUGGUGCCAAAAAUUGCAAGACUAGUCCAUGAUGAUCUCUAUCAUGCCAUUGACAUCUACUUCCAGUCUCAUCCAAACUUGGAUGAAAUCGAGCGAGAAAAAGUAUGCAGCACAAUGGAUCCAUUAAAGUUAUCUGCUGAAGCAAGGGAACAUGCUUCCCUAAACAACAAAUUUCCAUUACAACUGAUUUGGCACACUCUUUACUAUGACCAGUUGCAUGUAAGAAGUGGGCCAAAUGCACCUAGUGCCCAAAGCAUGAGGCUUCAAGUCCAUUCAGAUGUGUUAUUGGCCAAAGAAAAUGAAAACUUAAGAUCAGAAUUAUUGAGGAUGAAAAUGUAUGUAUCUGAUUUGGAAAAGAAAAAAGUAGGAACUUCUUCUACUUCUAAAAUGAAGAAGCAUACUUUCUUUUCGUCCGUGUCCAAGACAUUAGGGAAAUUUAACCCUUUUAAAAAGGGGUCGAAAGACACUUUGAACAUUGUUGAUGGUAUCGAUCGUACCAAGCCUAGGAGGAGAAGAUUUUCUAUGUCAUAGUUUAUGUGAAAUCAUAUAUAGAAUAAUGUUUGGUUUCAUUGUUGAAAUAAUUUGCCAAUUAAUUAAGGCUUAUUUGAGUCCAGUGUACUUUGUUUAUCAUUGUUUCAUGGCAGUAAUCUUUUCUCA